AUGUUUGCGCAACCUGCCGAGGUCGACACGAUGCAGGAAGAGGAGGCCGAUGCGGCGGCGCCAGCUGCGACACUAGGACACACACCAAGGUCGCCGACCAUCUCGGAAAAUUCCUCGCGCAGUCGGACCAGCUUUUCCUGCUCCCCGCGCGAUUUUCGCCUGCCGCUUGCGGCGACGAAUCACGAUACGGAAAUGCACGAUUCGCCGCGCAGUAUGCUACGCAUAAUGGGAUCGCGCCGCUCACUUCCGCGGGAUAAGAACAAGUUGCGCGUUGCAGAUAUGAUCCAGGGCGAGCGCUACCCUUCUGAAUUUGAAGUCGCGUCCGAGGCGAAGCUGCGGCGCCGCUUGGGCGACGGCGCCGAUCCCCCACAUCGACUCCAGCGAUGGCGCCGCGAAGCGCCGUACCGCGCACAUCCAUUUACCGAUGCAUACCAGCCAAGUGUCCCGGGGCGCGACAAUGCGCGGAUCACAAACUUGUUUGGCUACGCGCGAGCGCCUGUCUCGGAUGUGCAUUGCGCGCUGCACGAUCAGGCGUGUGCGACUGACGAGGACCUGGAGGACGUGUUUGUCACGACGCCGCUUGGAACGUGCGAUGAGGGCAGUACGGGCUACUCGUCGGAUGCAUCGUCUGCAGCGCUCGACGAGGACGACGCGCCCUUGGACGACAGCGCCGCGCGAUUUUCCACACGGCCGUGCACGUCGCAUCCUGUGCCUGUGCCGGGCGUACUGGAUAUGCGCAUCGAUGCGGGAGCACCGCCCGCACUGGAGCAGAUUGGGUGUCCGAGUCCACGUCCCAACAUGAAACGCAAAGCGGAGCACGAGCGGAGUCCGGGGUUUGGUGCGAGCCACCGCAAGCACAGCCAUUUACUGCGUGGGCCGCGCAAAGCGACGCUGUCUGCCUCGCCGCGCAGCACAUCGCCGCGGCACGCGCUCUUGUGGGGCGCGACCAACGCGGCCGUAUCCCCUUCGUCCUCACCGCUCGCUAUUGGAGGCAUUGCGCGCCGAAGCUUGACGCCUUGUGCGCUUGCCUUUACCCCCAUGGAAUCCUCGCCGAGCUACCCAGUCAUUUCACGGCCAUCGUCGCCUGGCGCGAAUGCAUGGAUCAGCAAGACACACAGUCGCUCGCCUUCGGUGGGGUCGGGUCCGGGGUAUGGAAGCGGCGCGAUUGGCCUGCGUAUCGGCGCAAGUGCCGUGUGGGACGGCGUGAAGCUCAGCUCCAGGCUCAGCGAGCAGGCCCAAGGGAAGGAGAUGGACGAAGGCGUGCGUGCAUUGGAGCUCGGCUAA